UAAUGAAUCAUCGAUUAUGCGUUUGCAAAUACAGAAACCCCAUAGAAUUCGUAUGUACUUCAAAGGAAUGUACAGAUAGGAGAUUAAUAUGCAAGUCCUGUGCUUGGGAUCACAAGCAACACAAUUUAAAAGUUCUUUAAAUUAACGAAUUCGAAACCAUGAUUACAAAGUGAUAAUGUGUUCUUAAUUUUAGUGACUCAUUAGUCUAAAGAAUCUAAGAUGUGUAUAAUGCCGAAGGAAUCAACAAUACCCUUGAUUAAUUAGUAUAAAUAGCUUAAACUGAUAUUAUGUAAAUACUGAAGAAGAGAUGUGCAGAAUUGAAAGACAAAGUCAAAAAGAAUUACAAUCCAUUCAAUAGGACUAUUGAACACAUAACAAACAUAUCAAAAAAAUACUAUAAUUCAUCAACAAUAGACUCGUUAGUCAAAGAAUUAGAUAUAAGUGAUAUUUAAGGAUAGUUAUAAAAGAUGGAAGCCGCUCAAUUUUAGAAGUUUUCUUUAAUUUGUAAGGAAAUCUUGAAUUUGUCAGAAGCUUUAGAUAAAUUAAGAAAAGCUUGUUAAGAGGAUGCUUCUAUAGAACUUAAGUCUAUACGAAACUAUAUUUAAUAGAAUUUAGAAUAUAAGGAGGUAAAGUAAAAAAGUAAAAUAUUAUCAAACUAUUAGUUUUAUACGAGUAGGAUUUAAAUGACUAUGUUGAAAAACCUCAGAUUUAAUAGCAAAAAUAGUCGUUUUAUGAUCGCUAUUAAACAAAUUAAUAGAAACAAUAAUAAUAAGUUUAAUAGAUAUAAUUAGAUUAUAAGAAAUAAGCACCUUAACAUAUGUAUUUAUCUCAUUUGGAGAUUUUAAAAUAACCAAAAUAAUUAUCAGAGAAGGCUUCACCAUAUAAUUAUGAGAAAUUAAAGACAGAACAUGUUUCAACAAAGACUCUACCUGAUUAUUAAUUUAUGAAGGAAGAGAAAUCAUAAUAAUCUUUAAAAUAAUCAUUUUUAGAUUUGAAUAAAAGACAGGAAGAAUUGAAUAAUUAAUUUAAUAGUUUAUCAAGCGCAGAUAGAUUAUAUCCCUUUUAUUAAAGACAACCUUCACAGAGCCUCUAUACGUCAUCGAAGAAAUGAUGUACAAUAAUAUAUAAUGAAAUAUAAAUAC